AUGUCUUUGCAACCUCUUCAUCGUUCUCCUGUGUUGUUACAUGCUGCUUUUCCUCGUGUUUUCUCUACUUUUGAACAAGCUCUGAAUGUUGUGUAUCGGAAACUGUUGGAAGUCGAUGCUGCUGAUGCUUUCCAAGUCACGGAAGCUCAAUCUACUGCAGUGACGAUGGCAACGAAAGGCUAUUCUGUUUUCUUACACCUCCCUACAGGGGCUGGCAAGAGUUUGGCCUUCCAGGCACCCGCUCUUUUGACUACAGUUGAUAAAACAACACUUGUAGUAUCACCACUCAUUGCCUUGAUGCAUGACCAAGUUGCAGCGUUAACACGCAAAGGAGUUGACGCGAUUCAAAUUUCAGGAACCGAGAGGAACAGAUCGGUACCUUUGAGUCAGCUUUUGACUGGCCAGCGACUCGUCUACACGACACCAGAGUUUUUGCAGAUGAACGGAGAGAUGAAGACUUGGGUGCGUGCAACGCAAAAGGACGAUCGGUUGGCGCGAAUUGUACUGGAUGAAGCUCAUUGUGUACUGGAGUGGGGGAAUACGUUCCGGCCGUCGUAUUUGCAGUUGAGUCAAUGGAAGACGCAGUUUCUCAGUGAAGUGCCGAUCACGCUGGCAACAGCGUCCGUUUCGGAUGAAGAUAUCGCCAAAUUGGCCGAGCUCUUUCACCUGCAGUUGCUUCCAGCAGGUCCUACGAAAGAUGGGGGAAGACAAACUUGGAUUUCGGAGCAAGCUCGUCACAGUCAGUUGGUACUAAUCCAACAAGUCACGGAUCGAGAAAAUCUGCGGAUGGAAGUGGUGCGGAAGAACUCGAAAGCUGCACAGUGGAUAGCGGACAGGGUCGGGAAGGAGACUACCAUUGUUUACUGCAUGACACGAAAAGAAGCGGAGGAAACGUGUUUAGCUCUUGUGCGCACCGGAUGCCAUGCAGGUGUUUAUCAUGGUGGUCUCCCACGAAAGCGCCGCGAGUUUGUCCGUAAGCAAUGGAUGAUGGGGCAAUUGACCAUCAUAUGCGCCACCAGUGCGUUUGGUAUGGGGAUUGAUCGUUCAGACGUGCGCUUUGUGAUACAUCACUCAAUUCCAUUGUCCCUAUCCGCAUAUUCGCAACAAAUUGGACGAAGUGGUCGAGACGGAAAGCCUGCGAUCUGUGUUCUGCUGUAUUCAGAAGCAGACAAGAGCCGAGCAGAUACUUUGACAGCAGAAAGGCUCGAUUUCAAUGACAUAGGAUCAUGUGCAAUGUCAAAUGGGAGCUCUCGGGGAGAGCUAGAAAACGUGGCUGCUUUCUGCGAAAUGACCGAUGGCUGUCGAAAGGAGUUGUUGUACUCACACUUCGGUUUCCAAUUUGACGGUUCCCAGUGUGUUCGUAAUUGCAACUGUGGUGUGCCACUCGAAGCUGCACAAUCCUGGCGCGAUGAAAAGCCUGAUACCGAUCACAAGAGUAAGCUCAACGAGGGCAUCCCGGAAUACAAUCUCUCCAAAGGAGCCAUUGAGUACCAAUAUCAGAAAAUUCUGGCAGAAUCCAAGAGGUUGAAGCUUCCAAAGCGAGAAGCGCUGUCACGCCGUCUUAUCCGGGAUGUUCUCGAGGCUAAACCUGCAUCAGAAGAAGAAAUGUCGGUUAUGCGAGGUAUUGGACCAACAAAAGCCUCUAGAUACUAUCAUUUGUUCCCGCUUUAA